CCAACAUCGACCCCGACGCCCAAGCCUUCGUCGGCCCCGCCUGCAUCGGCCUCAACCCGUAAACCCGCUCUCCGACCAGGAAUCUCCCAGAAUCCUCCAGCAACGGCGCCUUCCCGCACCCUCAAGCCCAGCCGAUCCUCCUCGUCGCUGCUCGCGGCUGCAUCGCAUGGCCCUCCAUCCGCUUCUACGCGCAAGGAUGCCGUUGGUUUGAGUCUGGCCGCUCAGCAUCCUUCUGGCCGCGCUGCCGAAUCCAACGACGCGCGUUCAGUCGUUCCUCUCGAUGCGUCCCUUCGACAGCCCUCCUCAGUUCAUGAAGGCUCCAGCUCGGAAGCGGGUGCCUCGGCGAGUCUCAAGUCGUCGGCAUCUGCUCCUCAUCCACUCCAGAGCCAGUCGCCCGGUGCUUCCCCGGCUCAAGUGCGACCAGCCUUCCAGGCUCCCAAAGCUGGCAAGCCCUAUCUCCCUACCCAACGGCGCUCUGUCAGUAUGAGCCAUACAAACUCGUCCGCGCUGUCGUCCUCCGGCCUGAGCUACUCCCUGGACGCCGCUCUGUUCCAAAAAUCGCCAGCCCUGUCAUCGUCGGUCUCGGUCGCAUCUGCAUCGUCGGCUACAUCAUCCGCUGCACCUACUUCCCUGACCGGCCGGCCAAUUUCUCACGACUCGCUCAGAGCAAAGUAUGAAAGCAUUCUCAACAGCCGCAACUCGACCGAUCGGGAGCUGCGCGAGUCUCUCAAGAAGCUGAGGAUGCUGGUCGUCAUGAACGGCAUGCCCGACAACUCGGAUGAUCCCACUCCCCAGCAUGGCUGCUCGCUCAAGGGCCGUGUCUGGAAAUGUCUCCUCGGGGUGUACUCUCUCUCGGCCAAGGACUACUCGCGCCUCAUCGACAAGGGCCCCUGUGACGUCUACGACAAGAUCAAGAACGACACCUUUCGAACCAUGGCAACGGACCGAAAGUUCACCAAGCGGGUGCAGGAAAACAUGCUCUCUCGAGCGCUCAACGCCUUUGUUUGGAAGGUCAAAGAGCUUCCCACCCACCGUCUCCUCAACCUCAAGUUUUCAUAUGUCCAGGGCAUGAACGUACUCAUGGCUCCAUUUCUCUACUGUAUGCCCGAGCUUGAUGCCUUCCACGCCUACGCCCAGUUUAUCCAGCAUGUGUGUCCAUUGUAUGUGCAACCGGCGAUGGAAGGGGUUCACUGCGGUGUCAAGCUCCUGGAGCAAUGCCUCAAAAUCCUGGAUCCCGAGCUCUACAGCCAUUUGAAGCGCAAGAAGGUCGAAGCGACGGUGUACGCCUUUCCAUCGGUGCUCACGUUAUGUGCAUGCACUCCGCCGCUGAGCGAGCUGCUCAAGCUCUGGGAUUUUCUUCUGGCCUACGGGGUUCAUUUGAAUAUCCUUUGCAUUGUCGCCCAGCUUAUGAUGAUGCGGACCAAGCUCCUGAGUCGACCGAGUCCCGGAUCGCUCCUUCGGACGCUUCCACCCCUCAACGCCAAGGAGAUCAGUGCCAUCACGAUCGCGCUUGUCCCGCAGCUGCCCGACGACCUGUACGACUGGCUGGCUCGACACCCAUACGAUGCCACCAUAUAUGAGCAGAUGAUUCCAGAGCUGGAGGAAGAGGAGAAAGAGCUGGGCUGGUGAGCCGGAGAUCCGAAUCUGCAUUCGAGGCCAGGCCAGAUUGCGGCGACCAUUUCUGCGCGGCAGAGCUGCA